ACCGAUAGAUUAACGGUUAAAAAUUCGUUCAAAACUGUGACUGUGACCUCCGUUGAGCUACUUUCAGUUUGACUUGUCGCAUCAAAUUGUGUGUAUUACUUAAAGAAAAAUACAUCAUAAAUCAAAUCUUGUUAAGAAGUAGGAACAGACUGUAGUGGUUAGUCAUGUCUGAAUCCAAGGAAAUGGAGAAACUACGACUGGUCACCUACCUGUCACCAGGUAUACCCGUGGAGAUAUUCGAGACAUUCAUGAAUUACCAGGAGGAAGUGACAGGUAGAGACGCGUACCUGAUCUAUGAGUCACGAUGGUCAGGACCCCCUGCAGACAGGACUGAUCCUUUCACAGCUAACGAGGUUGACAUUGCAUUUAUGGAGAGCACAGAUUAUCUUAGGCUGGUUAAACAUAACAAUAAAUUCAUAGAACUUUGUGGUGUAGGACCAGUCCAUGUUCAUCCAAAAAACACAGGAAGACCAGUCUACUAUAGUGACAUCAUUAUCAAUGCCAGAAACAAAUUAAAGUACAAAGAGUUGCACGAUCUUAGAGGCCAUACAUUUGGAUUUAGUUCAAGGAACUCUGUCUCGGGCAGUGUAGUUAUGUUGGAACAAUUGAAAAAACUCGGACAGGAUGCUUCAUUCUUCGGGAAAGUUUAUGAAUCAGGUUCUCAUCUUGCUUCUAUAAGGAGUGUUUUAGACAGUGAUGUGGAUGUGGCAGCCGUCGACUCCAAUGUUCUCGCAGGUUUUCUACGAUCGCAUCCAAACUUUAAGGAUGAUUUACAUGUAAUUAGCUCGUUAGGACCUCUACCGACAUAUGCUAUAGUGUUUAAUACAAGAUUAUCAGAAAAAUUGCAAUCUCAGAUCACGAAAGGAUUUCUUGGCAUGACCAAAUCGAUGAAGUGGAAUGCGCAGCUGCAGAACCAUGGGAUAUCUGGAUUUUUGCCGAUAGAUUCCUCACAUUACGAUAUCGAAAAAGAUCUGAAAACUGCCAUCGGCAAACUCUCAAUGUCGUCUACUUAUUAUUAGAUUAUUGAAUUUGUUAUAUUUAUGAUAUAUAUUUUACCAUAAAUUAUAUAAGUAUUAAUCAGAAUCCAAAAUAAUGUAGAAAUUUAUGUGAUAAUUGUAGCACAGUCUGGACUGUCUUAUGUGACUAUCCAUGGGAAUCAGGAGAAAAAUGUUGUACAAGACGGAUGGUGUUAUAACAUAGACAUGUAACUGCCUACCAUUAAAUAUAUGUGGAUUAUCUUAUAAAUGUUGUUUGUUUUGGAAAAAUUAAUGGCUUCUAGACUGGUCAAGAAAGACAACUCUAGAUGAAUAGAUAGGUUGGAGUUUUAAUUUUGGCAGUUUGUAAAAGGUUGCUAUUAACAGACAAAUUAUAGUUUUAUCUAUUCAUUUGUGGCAUUAUAUUGCAAGGUCAGUAGUUAUUUAAGCAAGAGAGUCAUUAUUAACAUAGUUUUAUUGUAAAAUGAAACAUACUGAAGGGAAAAUGGUCAGGUAAGACAGGAAGUCAUUGGAAACAGGAUUGCUAAGGCAGUCAAGACUGUACAUGUACAUACUUGUUGUAUUGCUUUCACAUCAUUUCGUUGUUUUUGUGACCCCUAAAAUUUUUUUGUAGGGGCACUUAAGAGCUGCCCUUGUUCGUACUUCUGUCCGUCUGUCCGAAUUUGUGUUGUGCAGAUUUCAAAAGGUAUAAUGACCUGGAGUCAUCAAACCUCGAAGGAUUAUUAUUCAGCAUGUGAAGUUAUGCACCUGGUGUUUUAAUUGGGAUUUUACACAGUCAAACAAGAGUUAUGGCCCUUGGCUUAGUCAAAAAUAUGCAUACAGUGGCAGAAAGUGGGGCACCAGUGUCCUAUGGACACACAUAUAUUUAUAUGAUUAUGCUUUUUUGAAAGUUUAAAAGUGAUUGGUCUUUGUAGUUUAUACAUAAUUUGUGUUAAAGGUAGAAAUUAACAUAAAAUCAAUAUCAAUAUAUAAACAGUUUUUCUUAAGUUUUACAGUACUAUUACAAAGUUACUUAUAUCAGAGUGACCUUGGUUCUUGCAUGAAAAAGGUGCCAAAAUUUGCAAAAGGCGAGUUCCAUUUAGAAUUCAGUGCAACUGUUGACAUGCAAUGUUAGUCAAUACCAAAAUUAUGCUUUCUUAAUGGAUCAGAGGGCCACUGGCUGUGUGGAACAGGUUACUGACUUCAAAACACUUGCCAUCCACUGUUCUGGUCUGAAACCUCACUUGAGGUGUUCAAUUCUUCAGACAGCUAGCUUCCUAAAGGUCGAUGAGUCGACCUAAGGGCCUGCUCCUGCCUGAAACAAAGCACGGGAGGACACCUAGGAUCUUCCUUCACUAUCAAAAGCUGGGAUAAUGAAUAAAUGCAUUAAAGAUCAAAAUUAUUAAUAUUUUUUAGCUCACCUGUCACAAAGUGACAAGGUGAGCUUUUGUGAUCGCGCGGCGUCCGUCGUCCGUGCGUGCGUCCGUGCAUAAACUUUUUGCUUGUGACCACUCUAGAGGUCACAUUUUUCAUGGGAUCUUUAUGAAAAUUGGUCAGAAUGUUCAUCUUGAUGAUAUCUAGGUCAAGUUCGAAACUGGGUCACGUGCGGUCAAAAACUAGGUCAGUAGAUCUAAAAAUAGAAAAACCUUGUGACCUCUCCAGAGGCCAUAUUUUUCAUGAGAUCUUCAUGAAAAUUGGUCAGAAUGUUUAUCUUGAUGAUAUCUAGGUCAAGUUCGAGACUGGGUCACGUCGGGUCAAAAACUAGGUCAGUAGGUCUAAAAAUAGAAAAACCUUGUGACCUCUCUAGAGGCCAUAUUUCUCAAUGGAUCUUCAUGAAAAUUGGUCAGAAUGUUCAUCUUGAUGAUAUCUAGGUCAGGUUCGAAACUGGGUCACGUGCGGUCAAAAACUAGGUCAGUAGAUCUAAAAAUAGAAAAACCUUGUGACCUCUCUAGAGGCCAUAUUUUUCAUGAGAUCUUCAUGAAAAUUGGUCAGAAUGUUCAUCUUGAUGAUAUCUAGGUCUAGUUCGAAACUGGGUCACAUGGGGUCAAAAACUAGGUCAGUAGGUCUAAAAAUAGAAAAACCUUGUCACCUCUCUAGAGGCCAUAUUUCUCAAUGGAUCUUCAUGAAAAUUGGUCAGAAUGUUCAUCUUGAUGAUAUCUAGGUCAAGUUUGAAACUGGGUCAUGUGGGGUCAAAAACUAGGUCAGUAGAUCUAAAAAUAGAAAAACCUUGUGACCUCUCUAGAGGCCAUAUUUUUCAAGAGAUCUUCAUGAAUAUUGGUCAGAAUGUUCAUCUUGAUGAUAUCUAGGUAAAGUUCGAAACUGGGUCACGUGGGGUCAAAAACUAGGCAGUAGGUCUAAAAAUAGAAACACCUUGUGACCUCUCUAGAGGCCAUAUUUCUCAAUGGAUCUUCAUGAAAAUUGGUCAGAGUGUUCAUCUUGAUGAUAUUUAGGUCAAGUUCGAAACUGGGUCACGUGGGGUCAAAAACUAGGUCAGUAGGUCUAAAAAUAGAAAAACCUUGUGACCUCUCUAGAGGCCAUAUUUUUCAAGAUAUCUUCAUGAAUGUUAGUGAGAAUGUUCAUCUUGAUGAUAUCUAGGUCAAGUUCGAAACUGGGUCACGUGGGGUCAAAAACUAGGUCAGUAGGUCUAAAAAUAGAAAAACCUUGUGACCUCUCUAGAGGCCAUAUUUCUUAAUGGAUCUUCAUGAAAAUUGGUCAGAAUGUUCACCUUGAUGAUAUCUAGAUCAGAUUUGAAACUGGGUCACGUGCGGUCAAAAACUAGGUCAGUAGGUCUGAAAAUAGAAAACAUUUUGUGACCUCUCUAGAGGCCAUAUUUUUCAUGGGAUCUUUAUGAAAAUUGGUCAGAGUGUUCACCUUGAUGAUAUCUAGGUCAGGUUUGAAACUGGGUCACGUGCGGUCAAUAACUAGGUCAGUAGAUCUAAAAAUUGAAAAACCUUGUGACCUCUUUAGAGGCCAUAUUUUUCAAGAGAUCUUUAUGAAAAUUGGUCAGAAUGUUCACCUUGAUGAUAUCUAGGUCAAGUUUGAAACCAAUUCACGUGCGGUCAAAAACUAGGUCAGUAGGUCUAAAAAUAGAAAAACCUUUUGAUGUCUCUAGAGGCCAUAUUUCUCAAUGGAUCUUCAUGAAAAUUAAUGAGAAUGAUCAGCUUGAUGUAAUCUAGGUCAAGUUCAUAACUGGGUCAUGUGCGGUCAAAAACUAGGUCAGUAGGUCGAAAAAUAGAAAAACCUUGUGACCUCUCUAGAGGCCUUAUUUUUCACGAGAUCUUCAUGAAAAUUGGUGAGAAUGUUCACCUUGAUGAUAUCUAGGUCAAGUUUAAAAGUUGUUCACGUGCCUUCAAAAACUAGGUCAUUAGGUCAAAUAAUAGAAAAACCUUGUGACCUCUCUAGAGGUCAUAUUUUUCAAUGGAUCUUCAUAAAAAUUGGUCAGAAUUUUUUAUCUUGAUGAUAUCUAGGUCACAUAUGCUCAAAAACUAGGUCACUAUGUCAAAUAAUAGAAAUAACGACGUCAUACUCAGUUCAACACUGGGUCAUGUGGGGAUAGGUGAGCGAUUCAGGACCAUCAUGGUCCUCUUGUUUAUCAUACUGCUUUGUUAAAAUGUUAAAACAGGAACAUUUUAGUUUCAACAGAUAAGCUUUUGGUGCAAUUGGGUAUUUACCCAUCACUUUUUGUCUGAAUUGGGAAUUUGAAAUCUGAAAUGGGUAAAAAUAAUAUUACCCAGCCUUUUCAGAAGUAAUUGGAUAUUUGCUAAAUUAGUCCAGUUGGCCUAUUAAUAUGUACUGUAUUUAGCAGAAGAAAAAUUUCUAUACCAGUAUAUAUUUUUUAAUAAAUAUAUUCAUGAUUGAACUCUCCUGAAAAUGUUCAUCAAACAGUCUUAAUCACUCAACAACUAAUUUAUUUUCUAAAAAUACAAGCAAUAUAGAUCUAUAAGAAAAAUGCAUACACAAUUUCCAAAUAUUCUUUGUUCUGUUUUUAAUUAAUAUAAUAUAAAUAAUAAUAAAUGAUACAUAAAUGGCCGACUUGACCCGGCCAAGUUCGCAGAGGUGCACUUUUGGGGCCAUAUAUGAUAUCCCAAAUGAUGUAAGAUGUAUCGGUAACAUUAUAUCAUCACAAACAGAUAACUGUCUUUGUUGAACAAUAAAAUAUCUUUCUAUUUUGAUUGUUUGUGCUGCAACAAUGUUUUUUUCUGCGACCUUUUUUGGUUUAGGUCAUUUUAUCGGCGUAAUUGUUUACAAAAGCGUCCAAAUAACAACGAUCAGACUGAAUGGUCCUGUGAUUUUUCUGAUAAAUAGCAACCUGUUCUGCUGUAGGGUAUAACCAGUCUGUUGUCUAGCGUUAAAGUCCCAACAUGAUUUUUAAUGAAUUGGGUAUUAGGAAUUUUAAUUGCGUUUCAGUAAGCACGCUGUAUGAAUUCAGUUGGGCUUUUUGCAACUUAAAUUGCAUAAAUACUCAAAUAUGCAGCUUAUCUGGAGCUCUGUUUCAAUGUGUCACAUUCCGUUGUUAGAACAUAAUUGUGUUAGUAUUUUCUUGUGAUGGGUUUGCAGGAAGUUAUUGUUUUCAAUGUUGUUGCUAUUGUUAUGUAUUGAAGUUAUCUAAAGUUAAGCAUUGGACAGAUUGAGAUAUUAACCUUACCCUGCUCAAUUUCUAAAAUGGACUAGUCCAUCAUUCAAUUUUGGGUAAUACCAUUUAUUAUUCGAAGAUGGUUUCACUGAAAAUUUACUGUCUUAAUAGCGAACAGUGCAGACCAUUAUCAACCUGCAUGGAUGUGCAGGCUGAUCAUGAUCUACACUGGUUGCAAGGGCAGAAUCAAUCGUGUUCAGCAUGAAAAGGGUUAAUAUUUGAACUUGUACUUUUUACAAAUCAAGACAUAAUAUUAGGUGUCUGCUGAUCAGCCUAGUAGCUGUGCUGUAUAUAAUGAAUGUACAUGGUUUUGAACUAGAAAAUUAUGUUUUAGGAGUGCUUUUUGAAUUUGCAUCUAAAUUUCAUUAAAAUUGCAAUGCUUGAAGUUUGACAUCACAGGUAAUAUUAUGUGUACCAGUAUAAAUGCAUGUAUAAAAUUCUCAACCUGUUUUAACUAUAAAAAUUUUGCACAGGCAUUUUUCUGAUGUUAGUUGUUUUGGUCUUACACAUACAGAUAUUCUGAAGUUAAAAUAUAUUUUGGGCAAAAAAAGAUCAGAUUGGACUUAAAUAAAUUCACACUGCUGGAAUGUACAGUUUAAAAGUAAAAUAUAUAUGUGUGUGUCUUGGAGCAAACUCCAUUUGUAAUAAUUUAAUCAACGAAAAGUAUGAUGAAAAGUUCUUUUGAAGCUUUUUGACUUGUUGUGUAAAAUUUAAGCUUUGUUAGAUAUAAAUCUCACUUGUUCUAGAGAGCUGUUAAAAACCACUGCAUUGUUACAUACUGUCAAACCUGUUUUAGCAGCCAGUCAAUAGAGUGACAUAAUCUGCUACUUAAGAGAGGUGGAAAUUUGAACAAAAAGUCAAUUUGGGAGUAAGCUGAUUGGCUGCUUAAGGCAAGUGGCUGCUUAAUGCAGGUGGCCAGUAAGACAGGUUCAAGUGUACUAGAAUACAGCAUAGGAAUUUUUGUUAUUCUCCCAUGUCAAAUUGCAAAAAAACUCAUUUGGAUGAAAUUAAGUGCUGAACACCAAAUACAUUAACUUGAAUAAUGUUAGUUAAUUGUGCUAUCAAGUGAAGUUUGGUCCCAAUCACAGUGGCAAAUCAUACGUUUUUCCCAAAAAAAAUUUAAGCUGACAUUUCCAAAAGUAAAAAAACUUUUUGACGUAAGACUGUCCCCAUGGAAACUUUCACAUAUUCUACCUUGUACAAAGUACAGAAUACUCAAGUUAAGUGCAACAGUGUGGUUCUGUGAAAUGGAAGUGUUAUUUUAAAGAACAGUGCUAAUUUUUAUCUCACCUGUCACAAAGUGACAAGGUGAGCUUUUGUGAUCGCGCAGCGUCCGUCCAUCCGUGCGUGCGUCCGUGCGUAAACUUUGCUUGUGACCACUCUAGAGGUCACAUUUUUGAUGAGGUCUUUAUGAAAAUUGGUCAGAAUGUUCAGUUUGAUGAUAUCUAGGUCAAGUUGGAAACUGGGUCAUGUGCGGUCAAAAACUAGGUCAGUAGGUCUAAAAAUAGAAAAACCUUGUGACCUCUCUAGAGGCCAUAUAUUUCACAACAUCUUCAUGAAAAUUGGUCAGAAUGAUCACCUUGAUGAUAUCUAGGUCAAGUUUGAAACUGGGUCACGUGCCUUCAAAAACUAGGUCAGUAGGUCAGAUAAUAGAAAAACCUUGUGACCUCUCUGAAGGCCAUAUUUUUCAUGGGAUCUGUAUGAAAGUUGGUCUGAAUGUUCAUCUUGAUGAUAUCUAGGUCAAGUUCGAAACUGGGUCACGUGCUAUCAAAAACUAGGUCAGUAGGUCCAAAAAUAGAAAAACCUUGUGACCUCUCUAGAGGCCAUACUUUUAAAUGGAUCUUCAUAAAGAUUGGUCAGAAUGUUCAUCUUGAUGAUAUCUAGGUCAAGUUCGAAACUGGGUCACGUGCCUUCAAAAUGUAGGUCAGUAGGUCAAAUAAUGAAAAAACCUUGUGACCUCUCUAGAGGCCAUAUUUUUCAUGGGAUGUGUAUGAAAGUUGGUCUGAAUGUUCAUCUUGAUGAUAUAUAGGUCAAGUUUGAAACUGGGUCAACUGAGAUCAAAAACUAGGUCAGUAGGUCUUAAAAUAGAAAAACCUUGUGACCUCUCUAGAGGCCAUACCCUUGAAUGGAUCUUCAUGAAAAUUGGUCAGACUGUUCAUCUUGAUGAUAUCUAGGUCAAGUUUGAAAACUGGGUCACGUGCCUUCAAAAACUAGGUCAGUAGGUCAGAUAAUAAAAAAACGUUGUGACCUCUCUAGAGGCCAUACUUUUCAUGGGAUCUGUAUGAAAAUUGGUCUGAAUGUUCAUCUUGAUGAUAUCUAGUCAUGAUCAAGUUUGAAACUGGGUCAACUGCGGUCAAAAACUAGGUCAGUAGGUCUAAAAUUAGAAAACUCUUUUGACCUCUCUAGAGGCCAUAUUUUUCAAUAGAUCUUCAUGAAAAUUGGUCUGAAUGUUCACCUUGAUGAUAUCUAGGUCAGUUUCGAAACAGGGUCAGGUACCUUCGAAAACUAGGUCAAUAGGUCAAAUAAUAGAAAAACGUUGUGACCUCUCUAGAGGCCAUAUUUUUCAAUGGAUCUUCAUGAAAAGUAGUCAGAAUUUUUAUCUUGAUGAUAUCUAGAUCAAAUUCAAAACUGGGUCACAUGAGCUCAAAAACUAGGUCACUAUGUCAAAUAAUAGAAAAAACGACGUCAUACUCAAAACUGGGUCAUGUGGGAACAGGUGAGCGAUUCAGGACCAUCAUGGUCCUCUUGUUUAAUUUUUAUGACAAAACUGCUGAUAUUUUUGAGUAUUAUUUGUGUCAGAGUAUUGAAUUGCUAAAAAAUGUUGAUUUUGAAAAAAAAAAUCUGUCCAGGUUUAAUAUAGUAAAAGAAAGAAGACGGCUCAAGUUUGCAAUGUGUUUCGUAUUAAAAUACUUCUUUGGGCAAACAUACAAUACAUGUUUAUACAAACAUGUAUGACGUCAUGACCAGGUCCAGGUUUAAUUGAAUAUAGAUAUACUACUGUGGUUGUUCAUAAUUACGAGUAUAUUUUCUUACAUAUUAAGGAAUGGAUAUUUUUAUAGCAGAAUAUUUUCAUUGAAGUUUAUCAUCAUAUAGACUGUAACAUAUCAAUUACUAUGAAAUCAUUCAAUUUUGAGGGGACAAAAUUUUGGUUUUGGCCAAAAUGGCUGUUUUGAGGGGAUAAGAAUUUGUGGACUUUGACCUUUAACCAUUACCCUGCUUAAUUUCUAUAAUGAACUUAUCCUACAUUUCAGUUUGGACAGUAAUGAUUAACUGUUAAAAGGGGUGCUUACCAAAAAGAUACUGGCUGAAUGGUGAACAGUGCAGAUCAUAAUCAGCCUGCACAUCCGUGCAGUGUGAUCAUGAUCUGCACUGGUCGCAAAGGCAGAAUCAAUCGUGUCCAGCAUGAUAAGGGUUAACUAAGUAACAGAAUCCAUUAAAAUUAGUCCACCACAGUAUAUUAAAUAUUUGAAAUUUAAACAUGUUUAGUUCUUUUUUUUCUGUAGAAAGUUACUGUGUAAUACAGGUUAUGAGUUGGGUACAUUUUAUGUAAGUACUUAUAAAUCUUAAACUGUGAAAAUUAUGUUUAUUGGGAAUUGCAAACACACGGGUCUUAUAUGUUUAUUGUUUAGAACCCAGAGGAAUUGUAAAUGUUGUAAUGCAUAGAUAUAUAUAGUAUUAUUUUUGGUACAAUUACAUAUUGUAAAUUUAAUUUUAUUUGAAUUGGCAGUUAAUGGUUUCUUAAAUAAUUAUAUGUCAAGAUUAUCAAGUAAGCCAUUGGUGAUCAAAUACAUUAACUGUGAAUGUAAUAAGUCUAAAAUGUAUUUUCCAGUUGCCAUGGUGACUGUUGCAAACGGUUCUUACUUAUAUAUGUAGACAAAUUGUAUUUGAAGUUUGCUUUUUCCAGUUUUUUUUUUUUAAACUUGUUCAAGUGGGUUCUGAAUACUCAUUCAGUAAUGACACACUUUUCACUAACCCAAAAUAUUAAAUUUUAAAAUCGGGGAUUAUCCGAGUUAAUAAAAUUUCAUCAUGAUUACAAAAUGUUCUUUUUAAAACUACAAUAUUUUUCGAAGCAGUAAACAACUUUAAAAAUCUUUAUAGCCAGUAUUUUAUAUACUUAAAUUAAAUUUUGUGCUUUUAAAAUUGAUGUUGUAGAAUAUUGAAAAAACAAAUUAGCCAACAUGUUGCUGAUAUCAUAUUUUUGACAGAAUACUAGUCUAAGUUUGACUGCAUUAUUUUCAAAAAUCAAAAUUACAGUUUUUCUGGUCGUAGAUUAAGUUGCAUGUAGAAAGCGCAUAUUGUUUGAAGUGUGUAUUUAUGAAGACAAAAGUCUGGCACUUUCUUAUCUUUUUUGUGGACUUUCUUAUCUUUUUUGUGUGGACUCAACUCUGCGUAACUCAGGUCACUGAAACACCUUAUACACAUGUACACUCGAUAUUAACAUAUCAUAUAAUUGUCGAACAACUGUUUUUUUUGCCUCAACUACUUGAAAAAACCAUGCACAUUAGCUUGGAGUCCAAAUAGGUGCAGAAAGGUUACUCAUUUUUACGAUUUUACGCCAAGCAUUGAUACUGCCACUCUAAACCUGUGUGUAAUAGACUAGAAACCUUUGACUUGUAUGAUCAUCCUGAUUAAACUUAUUAUGCAACCUUGGUGACAAAAGAAGGCAUAUUUUGUGUGUUAAGAUUUCUGAUUGUUUUUUAACAGUGCAUAAGUAACUCCUGAAUGGAAAAUAUAAUAGGGCAUUGUUACAUUGCAUUUCAAAAUUUGAUAUUGAUCAUGUUUUCUCUUUUUGAUGAAGCAUUAUGGACCUUUAUGUUUAAUUUACAUUUAUUAAAGUUCUUACAAGUAUACUGUUUGUUUUAAGCCAGUUUCUAGGGUAUUUUUUGGUGCAUUUUCUACUCAGUAAUUUUUUAAGUUUUUUGAGAGUCUUUCGUCUUGGAGACAUAUAUAUUGAUCUCUGUUUGUCUGUCUGUCAGCCAAUUCCUCUGUAUUAAAUGUGAGGCAUAAUUGUACUGUUUGAAAAACUAAAAUAAAAUAAAAACAGCUUUAUGAAAGAAUUAUCUGGCAUUUUAAAAUACUUAUGCCAUCUGUAAAUGAUGUAGGCAAGUUCUGUUAAUUAAGUGUUACUCAAACAAUAAAAAUGACAUAUAAAUUUGGAUUUUUUACAUUAUCUUACUCUAAGCAUUAAAAAGCUGAAUGUGAGGACACUGUCUUUUAAGAGUAGAAAGUUCUUGAUAUGAUGGUUACCACAACAGACUGUGAGUCACAAAUAUGUCUGACAUAUCAUGGGCCCAAGUUUAUAAAAUAAAAGUUUGAAGACCAGUCUUGCGAAGAAAGCCUGUCACUGGUCAAUGGUCAAUUUUAUGACUGAUUUAAGAAUCAACCAAUGGCAUGCUUGACAUUUUAGACUGGUCACCAUCUUUCGAUUCUUAUAUCCUGUACGGCCAUGGUACAUAUAUAUUUUAUUGAAAGUGUAUAUUUUCGAUGGUUAUUGUUAUUAUACCAAGGUUGAUAUUGAUGUUAAUAAAGUAUUGUUUAAGCACAA